AUGGAACUGAGCACAGGCACCCCCCCAGGCCUGUGUGCUCAGCCUGCUGCUGUUUACUCUGCCACCCAUCAUAGCUCAAAUCACAUCAUCAAGCUUGCAGACGACACAACAAUAGUGAGUCUCAUCAGGAACAAUGAUAAGUCUGCAUACAGAGCAGAGGUCAAACACCUGGUGGAUGACUACUACAAAGACUUGAACUUGUACUCAAACUGCAAUAACACCAAAGUAAUGACCUUCAGCAAAGUCUUCCUCCCUUCCCUCUACAGUAUUGUCUUCACUGUGGGGUUAAUUGGGAAUGGCCUGGUGGUGUGUGUCCUGAUAAAGUACCACAAAAAAUCCAACAUGUCAGAUUUGUGUCUCUUAAACCUGGCCAUUUCAGACCUCCUCUUUCUUAUCUCAUUGCCUUUCUGGGCCCACUAUGCUGCCAUCACUGAGUGGACCUUUGGAAGGUUCAUGUGUCAUGCAGUGACAGCACUCUACAUGCUGGGCUUCUAUGGAAGUAUCUUUUUCAUGAUCCUAAUGACCAUUGACCGCUAUGUUGUCAUUGUCCACACCUAUACCUACCUCUUCUCCAAGCACCGGUCUGUCAGAGCUAGGAUAGUGCUUGCUUUGCUUAUGUGGACACUUAGCUUGGGAGCCUCUCUGCCAACCAUCAUCUUCUCAAAAGUGAAUAAUGAAUCAGAUGUAUGGAAAUGUAGGGUGGAAUAUCCACAAGGGUCAACAUGGAAGCUUGUCUCUUACAUUGAGCUGAAUAUUCUCGGCUUGAUCAUUCCUCUCUCAGUGAUGCUGUUCUGCUACUCACGUAUCAUUCGCAUUUUAAUGACCAUGAAAUCUCAGAAGAAACACAAAGCUGUCAAGCUCAUGCUGGUGUUGGUUAUUGUCUUCUUCUUAUUCUGGACGCCCUACAACAUUGUCAUCUUCCUGAAGUUCCUGCAUCACUUGCACUACAUGAACACCUGUCAAUGGAAUCAGGACCUACACAUGGCUAUGCAGUGGGUGGAAGCCAUAGCAUUAAGUCAUUGCUGCCUCAACCCCAUAAUCUAUGCUUUUGUAGGGCAGAAAUUCAGGAAUUUAUUUCUAAAGAUCCUGAAAGAGUGGUUUCCUGUUUGCUUUGGGCAGUGCACAACAACUGAAAGUGAGUUCUUAGAGAGGAAGCCCUCUAUUUUUUUGAGGUCCUCAGAAAUCUCCUUUGUUCGUUGCUGUUGA